GGCGGGCGCGCAGUUCAGCCCGUUGACCCCGCGUUAGAGGGAGCUUAGAGAGAUCCAGCAGGUCGAGAUGCUCCGCCGUAAGUUAGAGCAGGACCUUAAAGAAGCUACCGAUAGAGAAAAUGCGAUGAAAACUAGAGCAGCGAGGCUUGAAACUUUAGAGGCUGACAAGGCUGAAUUAGAGGGCUUGGAUGAGUCAACAUUGACUGACCCGCUGAAAGUAUUGAAGAAGAAUAUGUUGUCACUGCACGCACACGUGGACAGCAAAUUAGACUUCAUGCAGAGCACUCUAGACCAGAUCCUGGAUGCGUUGACAAAGCAGGGAUUCCAGCCACCAGCACAAUCGCCGUUGCCGUUAUCGGCGAUGUCAGGCCCCUUUCCAGUUCAAGCUGGUACACAGCCAAGUGAUCUAACUCGACUUGACACGCCGUGGGACUGGAGUGAUGAGUGCGAGGGUGCUUUCAAGAAAUUGAAGCAUGCAGUCAUGAAUCACGAGGUUCUCAUGGUUCCCGAUCCUCCGAAGCCAUUCAUAGUGACCACUGACGCAAGCCAAUACGACAUUGGCGCAGUGCUGGCUCAGCAGGAUGGGAAAAAGUUGAGACCGAUUGAGUACAUGAGUAAGAAGAUGCCAUCGAAGAAGUUGGCUAAGUCCACCUACGAAAGGGAACUCUAUGCUCUUUACAAGGCGCUUGUCCAUUGGAGACACUUCCUAUUAGGAAGGUUCUUCUACUUGAGGACUGAUCAUCAGACCCUCAAAUGGAUCAAGACUCAACCGACUCUUUCUGAUGCACUCAAGCGAUGGAUUGAGGUCAUAGAUCAAUAUGACUUCAAGCUUGAGUACCUGAAGGGAGAGUACAACAAGGUUGCAGACGCGCUAUCACGAAGAGCAGACUACCUAGGUGCGCUAGUUUCUGACUUUGGUGUAUCUAACGAAUUAACGCAAUCAUUGGUGGGAGCCUAUCAGGAAGACCCUUUCACGAUGGACAUCAUGCGCAAACUUCAGGCGAAAGACAAAGCCACUGAAAGUGAGUUUGUGAUGGUGGACGGGUUAAUCUAUCUUGAGAAGGCGAGAAUAAAAAGGUCGGUAGUUCCAUCUAGUGAGAGUUUGCGUAGUUUGUUCUUAGGUGAAUGUCAUGACGCAACUGGACACUUUGGCUACAAAAAGACGAGUGCUAACCUAGUACAACGAUUUCGGUGGCCUGGUAUGCUUGAUGACGCAAAAAAGUGCGUAGAGACCUGUCAGGUCUGUCAGCGGGACAAGCCGCGCACUCAAGCACCGCUUGGGCUGCCGAAGCCUUUACCAAUCCCCGCUGGUCCAGGACUGAGUGUAUCCAUGGAUUUCAUGGACACCUUAGUGACCAGCAAGAGCGGCAAGAGGUACAUAUUCGUCAUCAUAGACCGAUUCUCCAAAUACGCUAGACUAGUGGCCAUGCCAGAGACAGCCAGGACUGACUAUGUCAUCAAGUUGUUCAAGGACAACUGGGUGAGGGACUUUGGUUUACCAAAGACUAUCAUUAGUGACAGAGAUGUCGGUUUCACCAGUGAGCUGUGGAAGAAGACUGCGAAACAGAUGGGCAGUCAACUUCAAAUGACUUCAGGAAACCAUCCUGAAGCCAACGGACAGGCCGAGCAAAUGAACAGAGUUGUGCAGCACUUGCUGAGGCACUACAUCAAGCCCAGCCAGGAUGACUGGGAUGAGCAAUUGCCUCUCAUCGCCAGCCUGUACAACAAUGUUGUACACAGCAGCACCGACGAUGCUGUCCAACACAUGAAGAAAGCUCAGCAAGCAAUGAUUGCUUCUGAGAAUCAACAUCGUCGACAGUCCACAUUUCAGGUAGGGGAACGUGUCUGGGUCAAGGCUAGCGAGCUAGGACAGGAAUUCGGAAUCUCUCGCAAACUAGUGCCGCAAGACUUUUGUCCCUGGGAAGUCCUAGAUAUAGUGGGAGAUGAGAUGGAUGGUCCCACUUAUGUCAUUCGUAUCCCUGGACACCUACGCACUCACCAAGUCUUUCAUGCCUCAAAGCUUGCACCUUUCGCUAAGACUGAUCAAUUCCCUUCCACGAGAUCGAUGCUGCCCCCAACCAUGGAUGGACAAGUCGACAUCGAUGACAUUGUGGAUCACCGGGACAUGCCUGUUGCAAAGCCGUUGGGUCGGGGAAGACCUCCUAAACCCAAGAGGGAGUACCGCGUCAGAUUCAGGCAUCAUACGGAUCCAAAAGAAGAUCGGUGGUUUACCCGGGAGGAACUGAUGGAAACAGCUCCUCAAGUGGUGGCAGAUUAUGAAAAGAAGCUAAAAGGGAAGGCACCUGCGAAGUAAGCAUCUCAGCGGACUUUCGAAGCUAAGGGGGAUGGAAUGUGAGGAAUGAGCCCUCAAGUAGGGGACUUGCCAUGAUGUACAUGUUCUGGUCUAAGGCCCCAGCAAGCCUCGUGCCCGCCGUAAGUGACGGCGGGCCAGCAAAUCAACAAGAGCCCUCUGU